AGUGUAAGCGAAUUUUGUUUAUGAAUUUGUACACAAAAAACGGAUCCAUGUCGCCUGCACGUAAUCGCAUUGGCUAUAAAAGCCGCCUAGUCGAUGGUAUUGGCCACAGUUGGAGGCGGUGCAGCUAACGGUUUCUCGCCAUGAAAUACGUUGGCGGCAUUUGGCUAGUUUGGCUCGGAUUGAUAAUGUGUGGCAACGCCUUGGUGCACAUGGUGCCCGCGGAGAAGGGCGGUGAGGCUGGCAGGAAGUUGAAGAAGGGUUGCCAAACUCCGAUGGGUCACCUCAAUGCGGGCGAGGAGAUAAACGAUGACAAGACGUGCGGUAUAUUUGUCUGCCAGGAUGACGACGGCAAUGGCCUCUAUCAAUUCUGUCAAUCACCUGUGAACUUUGCCAAUUGCGAGUUCGAUCUGGUCAAUACAAAAGGCCGAUUUCCCGACUGCUGCUGGGAGUGUGUUACGGGCAUCCCAUGUCCCGAGUCCAAGCCAUCGACACCAAAGACUUUUUACCUGUAAAUACAGAACUCAUUUGGCUGUCGCGAUUCGAAAAUAUUGACUCUAUAUAUUUCCAAUCAGAAUCCGGCGUAUCUUUAGGCAGUUUCUAAUCAAGUGUAGAAUAGAUCGUAAUGUUGACUUUUUCGUACUAUACGCCUAUACGUGUCUGUGUGUGUGUGUGCAGCACCUCAACAUUCCAUUUGCGUCUCAUUUGCUGUCUGGUCUCCGUCUGUCUGUCGCUCUGUCUGAGUGCGCGCGUAUCUUUGUAUCUCAUAGAUACACACAGCGCAUUCUAAAGUGUCUACAAGUGAUGAGCACGGCAUUUAGUUGCAAUUUUCAGUUUCACUUGGCGACGACGCAACGUCGACGCCGCCGCCGCCGCUUGAGAAGAAGCAAAAA